GUGUGUGUGUGUGUGUGUGUUUGGUGUCAUGAGAAAGAUGUUGAGUUUGAUCUCCACAGUGUUGAGGGGCAGCGCCGCCCGGAAUUCGUCCAUGCACAUGGCCUUCCUGCAGCUCCUAAAGGUGCAGAGUGAGUACGCAGAAAUGACCUUUGACCCUGACCCUAGAAACUCCCCGCCCUCUGCCCUUCUGACCCUGAACCCCGACACUGCUCCCUCUGUAGCGUCUGAGCCUGCAGCACAAUCACGACUAAACACACAUCAACAAACAACAUUUAUACAGCCAGCAGAUGAUUGGACAGAGUUUGUCAUGUCACAAGGUUCAUUUAAGGCGGAGUCUGUAGUCAUGGAAACAGAAAUAAGAUCAGAGGAGACACCAUUACCAAAGUUAACGCUAACUGACAGGUCAGCAAGCGAUUGUGCUUUAGAUGUGAUUUCGCCUGGAAAACAUAGUGAUUGGACAGACACAGUGAGGUCACAUGGUUCAUUUAAGGCGGAGUCUGUUGUCAUGGAAACAGAAAAGGACAAGACAUUAUCGGAGUCGGCACUAAGCCAAACGCUGACGGAAAAUCCUUUUUCAGGAACGACUUCACAGAACUUAGCUCCCUCCGCUGUGACCUCUGACCUCCUGUCACCUGAUUUAACCCCCCCACUUCCUGUCCCCCCAACCGGGAGCUGCCAGAACGCCGAGCAAACGUCACCACAACGUCCAGAAAACGUCCACAGUCGUGCUGGAGACGCUGCCGUAGCAGAGCCACAGCGAGCUGGGAGCAGAGUGAUGGUGUCCGCGAGGACCUACGCAGACUUCACCCCUCAGGCCACCUUCGACAUUAAGAAGUGUGAUUUGCAUAAGCUGGAGGAGGGGCCUCCGGAGAAGGCGGUGCUAACGAGGGAGGAGGGGCUUCAGUACUAUAAAACCAUGCAGACAAUGAGGAGGAUGGAGCUGAAAGCUGAUCAGCUCUACAAGCAGAAGAUCAUCCGCGGCUUCUGUCACCUGUACGACGGACAGGAAGCAUGUGCGGUGGGAAUCGAGACUGGAAUUAACCGCACCGAUCACCUGAUCACAGCGUACCGCGCUCACGGAUACACACUCACCAGGGGAGGCACCGUGCGCGAGAUCAUGGCUGAGCUCACGGGUCGCCGUGGCGGUAUCGCUAAAGGAAAGGGCGGUUCUAUGCACAUGUACGCCAAAAACUUCUACGGAGGAAAUGGAAUUGUGGGAGCGCAGGUUCCGCUGGGCGCCGGAGUCGCACUGGCCUGUAAAUACCAGGGCAACAACGAGCUGUGUGUCUGUCUCUAUGGAGACGGAGCGGCCAAUCAGGGUCAGAUAUUUGAGACGUAUAACAUGGCGUCUCUGUGGAAGUUGCCGUGUAUUUUUAUCUGUGAGAAUAAUAAAUACGGCAUGGGGACGUCUGUGGAGCGAGCAGCAGCGAGCACCGACUACUACAAACGCGGAGACUUCAUCCCCGGACUGAGGGUGGACGGUAUGGACGUGCUGUGUGUUCGAGAGGCCACCAAAUUUGCUGCGGAACACUGCAGAUCUGGAAAGGGUCCAAUUCUGAUGGAGCUCCAGACCUACCGUUACCAUGGACACAGCAUGAGUGACCCUGGCAUCAGUUACCGUACGCGUGAGGAGAUCCAGGAGGUGCGCAGUAAGAGUGACCCCAUCUCCAUGCUGAAGGACCGCAUGAUCAAUAACAACAUGGCCAGUGUGGAGGAGCUCAAGGAGAUCGAUGUAGAAGUGAGGAAGGAGAUUGAGGACGCUGCCCAGUUCGCCACCACAGACCCCGAGCCUCCGCUGGAUGAUUUGUGUAAUCACAUCUUCUCCAACAAUCCUCCGAUUGACGUGCGCGGCACUAACCCCUGGGCCAAGCUCAAAUCCAUCAGCUAAACACACUCAACACCACUAAACACUUUUUUAAUCCACACACUUUUAUCAAUUUAUCCAUAUCUAAAGUAAAAGCAGAAAAAACAUCACUAAUACUGAAUACAGCUAGCGUGUGAACUCGCGUGAUUAGCUGAAAUAUUACCAUCAUCACUGGAGAACACACGUGAUGUCGAUUAAAGACGUAUUUAUUCAUUCUGUCUGAGAUUCUCUUUUUGUUGCUUUGUUUCCUUCAUUCAGUCAGCAUUAAAUAUAAAAACAGCAGCAUGGAAAAGACAGGAAGUUGUUAAUAAAUUCAAAAUAGUGUGUAAGAGCAGAACGUCUCUGUAACACACACACACACACACACACAGUUAAUUAGUGUGAAAGUAACCCAGUGUGUGUGAUUUAUUAUUUCUAAGAGUUUUAAGGUCAUUGCCAACAAAGUUGUGUCUAACAGAGAAACUCAUUUACAGUGAAGACGCACAGGAUUGUGGGAAAUGUUUUAGAGUCGAUCUUGUUACCUGUGUGUGUGUGUGUGUGUGUGUGUGUGUGUGUGUGUUUCUGUGUUUCUGUUUCAGCGUCUGUUACUGUUCCAGAAUGAGAGAUUGUUCUUAUUUUAUUUUGUUUAUAACAAUAAGAACAGGAUGUGUAAGUGAGAAGAGCUUAUACACACCAGCUGUAUCAUCUCACUCGCGCUGUUUCAGUGCACGGCCAUUAAAGUGAAAUGGGGUCAAAGGUCA